AAGCCCUGGAGUGAAAGGCCUGAAAAUGUGCAGCUACAAUAAUUAAAAACAUAAAUAAUAAUAAGAAAAUAAAUAACAAGAGCCCAGCAUUUAUAGAGCAUUAAAACUAGUGGCUCGUUAAACCCAACAUGUGAUUUGGAACUUGAGGGCCAUGGUGGGACAGCCCUUAAGUGCUUUGAAUGUGUUUACUUGGACUGUGGAAGUAGAGAUCGAAAUCUCAGCAGAAAAUUCAGUUCUUCAUCUUUUCUGACAAGACAAGAGGUUACGAGGGGAGGCAGAUUUGCUCCGUACAAGCAUAAAAUAUCCCCAACACUUCUCACUGGAAAAUGAGAAGAGCUUAAGUCAAAACCUGCUCAUUUUGGAGCAUGCUAAUGAGAAAGUGGUUUCUGUGCUUCCACCCUGGAAACUGCUGUAUUUCAGCGGCAGCUGCUGCCAUCUACCACUAUGCCAAUGUCGCAAGGGUUCUUAUUUUUGUGUAUAGUCCGUACAAAGCUUACUGCAACACCAGCCCUUUCCACUCAGGUUCGCUGUUUGCUGGAGGAUUUAAAAAUGAACAAAGUUCUUCCAACUGUUUUUGGGAUUUUUUUUUUUGCAAAAGGUGUUUUGGAAAACACAAACCUGAUGUGACUUUGUUGCACAAACAGCCAGAACAAAUAAGGCCAGUUGCUUAAUGAUUACUCAAAUGAUCCACCUCAUUACUCAAAAUAUGUCCUUGCUUGACGUUAAGUUACUCAAGUUACAGAUUAUUUGAGGUUACUUGCCUCCCAAGGACCCUAUUUGCCAUGAAGGAGGCUGUGGUCCCACCACACCUGCGGGAAGCUUGGUAGCUCUGGUCCAGGUCCCUAUUUGUCCAUGCUGGAGUGAGAUAUAAGCAUCGAUGCUCUUCUGUCUCUGGAAAAGCAGAUGUGGUGCACAUCUGGAUGCUUGGAGGUUUAGAGCCCUAUCACGAGCCUAUUACUCUUGUGAUCCCAACGCUUUUGCACCUUGAAGUUGGGCUGUGCUUUCACUGUCAUCCUUGGUUGCGAGGUGUUCCGGGUCUCAGCUGUUAGGGGUGAAGAUGGCUCUGAAUCCUUCCUUGAUCCCAGAGGAGUUAUUUCGCCCCUGGAAAGCUUCUGUCUGAGGCUAUAGAACUGGAAUGGGGAUAGACACACCCAGUUUUGCAUUUUGGGAGCGCCCAUGGUGCCCAUGGAAGUGAAGUCCUGGGUCAGUCCUGCCAUCUACUGGCUUUUGACAGAUUUGGUAGAGACACUUUGAAGCCCAGAUCUCACAAGUCAAGGAGGAACCAUCAACGUGUGAAAUCAGGAGUAGGGAGCCAAGGGUGAGUUAUCUUUAACCAGAUAAUUGCAUGCAAAACAGGGAAUCAGAAACCUUAGAGACAGACUGAAUGUUUUAAUUUGUCCACCUUUGCUCUGAUAGUGUAAACUGAGAAAUUAAAGGCUUAACAGGCUUCCCAGGUCCAAUGCUUUCCGAGGGAACACUUUUUCCAGCUCAGAAUCUGCCAUUUCAUCAAAAUGGAAACACUUCAUGAAAAUAUAAUGAGGCAAAUAAAUUUUUGCAGAAAAAAAUAUUGACACAUUUUAUUUCAGCUUUGUUGGGUGAUCUCGCUUCACUGCGAUGGUUACACUCAAAUGUUGAUUUUACUAAUACAUAUAUGUGAGAUUUGUAAUUGUGUAAUACCUUUAUUGUAACAGAAUAAGCAGAAUAAAGUAAAAUAGAUUCCUUUAAAAAUAUUAACAUAAGUGUAGUGUAUGUUACAUAUCAUUUCUUAUACUCUAAUAAAAAUAUAUAGAAUUAAUAAAAAGGUGCACUUGGAACAAAAUUUUUUGAUGGUUCUGCAGAUAUUAUAGAUAUUACCUCUUGCUUUGUGUGAAAAAAAAGUCCUUGGGUUGGAUUCAAAGCCCAGAGCUGAGGCUUGCAGGCUGGUCAAAAGGACAGACAUGAGGCUGAGCCUGUAGAAUAUAGGGACAGAUAAAUCCGUAGAUGCCAUCUCAAGGCCACUGGAGUCUCUUCCUGGUGGUGGAUAAAGAACAGGGAUUGUCUUUGCCUUCAAUAGUCCUGCUCAUAAAUAUCAUUGACUUGCCCAUGACCCUACUGGGAAUGGAGAUGGGAUUUGUUCUGUGAGCCUGCUCUUUUUUUUCAUUGGAGAUGGUGGCUAUUUUGGGCACAUAAUGGUCCCUCUGUGGGUGUCUCUGGGCAGCUGCUCCUAUUCCUGAGCUCUCCAAGGCUUCAGGGGCUGCUCUGGCAUCUCUAAAAUGGACACAUGGACACACAGACACACGGACAUGGGGCUGGUUGCUCUGGAGAUUGCCCCCUGCUUUCCUGAACUCGUGCUGCUGUGCAAAGAUGUUUUAUUCUAUUUUUUUUUUUUUUAUAAGCUUUAUUAUUUUUUUGGGAGCCCAGUUGGAUACCAUGGGAGAAGGAGAUCAUGUUCUCUGGGGGAAUGUAAGAUAAAUGCAGAAUAAUAACGAUGGGCUCUCAGGAGAUUCUCAGAAGCAGCCACAGGCUAUUUGAAACAAAGACAUAAAAGUAUAUUUCUUUUUCUCUAGAUAACCCCAGCCUGGACUAUCUCCUUCCUGGGAAAGGAUCUUCUCCCCUGCUCUCCAUCCUUGCAAUCCAAAUUUUGCAGCCUUCCUUACAAGUGUUUUUGGAGAUGGGAGAGCACCAGUGGUGACGGGGAGUAUUCUGGGGACUGGAGGGCAUUGCACAGCAUGUGAUGACAUAAGAAACUUGUCCCCGGGAGGCGACACAUCCCUCCUGCUUGGCAUCCCCACCUUUACUUGAAGAAUUGCCACUGAUGUCUCUGCUCCUACUGCUCUAUGGGCACCUCUCUGUCUCUAGACAGGCCCAGGAUGGGCUGUUGCACAUUUCAGGUGUCCAGAAAGUUCAGGGAAAUUGUGCCUUUUGUCCAAAUCAAAAAGGAGACGCCAUUAAUGUUUUGACACAGAGGUAACAGAGCUGCUUCCUUCAUUAUGGUCUGUAUUUCCAGGUGAGCCUCGUUAGGGGAUGCAGUGAUACCAAAUGCCUGAAAGUAUUUCUGGAAACUAAGCAACAUGGGCUGUUGCCAGUGUUUUGGUUGGCUCUGCAGGUGUUUCUCACUGGCAUUCCAAGGUUGUGAUGAUUAUCUUGGGGUAUGAGACACCACAUGCCAGCAAAUGGGUCUGAAAGUAGGAGAAUUUCUGCAUCCGCAUCCCUGCCCUUUUCUGUCUCUCUGGAGAUAUCUCCUCUCUCGCUGUGGCAAACACAGGUUUUAAAGGAAGGAAUAACUCUGGGGCUGGAGGAGGACCUCCAGAAAAUGAGUUCCUUUCCUAUUUUUUGAGGUGGAGGAGUCAAGAAAAGCAUGUAGGUAGAUAGUUUGCAAGUGAAAAUUUGAGCGGUGCUGAAGGAAGAAAAAAAACUAGACUGAAUCAAGAGCUCCACCUUCCUGUCAGUGCUAAACCUCUCCGCUUUCUUUCCCCUCUUUUCCUUUUCUCCCCAGUUCCUGUGUAUUGAGGUCCACAUGAGAAGCCAUAGGGAGCAAGUGGGAAGAUGACACCUCCAGGCCACAAUGUUGACCUGGGCAGGAACCAAAAUGGGAGGAGGCUGGAAAGAUGGGAGGUACUUUGUGUGGCUUUGGGAACACAUUCCUGCUUAUCAUCUUCUGAGAAAAAGAGUCUUAAAACAAUGCACAAUAUACUUUGGUCUCCUUGGGUUUGGUGAUCUGACCCUUCCUGUGACAUCCAAGCUAUUAUUAAGUUAAUAACUCCUGUGUACAAAGAGUUAAACUAAUGUGACUAAAAUUUAACACAUACAGCAUCAAACCCGUGGGGAAGAGGUGUGAAUAGUGUGCCUUGUUCUCCUUCUCCAUGCCGAUUAACACAAACAACGACUGGGUGUAUUGUGUUUCAUACAGAUUCUUGUCGUGCCCGCAUCACCAAGAAUGAUGUCACGUUGUUGUCCCUGAGCGCCAGGUGCUCCUGGCUCUAAUUCUGUCUUAUUGUUAAAAUUGAGGGAUGUGGUGACCCAUUCUCGGAUUAGAGUCUGAGUUUCACAUGAGGUUCCCUUCCUGAGCCCAGACCAGUUAAACCUGCUGGUUUAAGGAAUGGCACCCAUUUAUUAUUAUAGAAUCAUAGAAUAGUUUGGGUUGGAAGGGACCUUUAAAGGUCAUCUAGUCCAACGCCCCUGCCAUGAGCAAAUUAUUAGAGGAAAGAUGACAAAAACCAAACAAAAGAAUAGAUGUAGGAUGGUGGCACCUUGUAUGUGACAGCUUUGCAUGCAGUACUCAGGUUCUUUAUAAGGGCAAGAUGAAUCUGCUCACAUUGGAGUUUAACUUAUGGUUUGUACGAAGCAAUUUAGAUAGACUGACUUGAGUUUCUCCCUUUUAUUUUUAAUUUUUCACAUGGAUGUUUCUCAUCCUAAAUCUGGUUGGAACCAAAUGAAUAUGAAAACUGAAUAAUGGAACAAUGAAAAUUGAAAAAUACAAAAACAAUCCUAAAAAUACCUCCCUCUCUUCCUUGGGAAAUGAGCUGAGAUCAGAAAUUUGCAUUUUCUUCUCUUGUCAGAAGGUGGCAGUGGCAGGCCCCAGAUCUGACAGUGCAGUCUCAGUAGGAUGUCCUGGGAUGGAUGUGUUGACGUAACUGGACAACACGCCUAUUUGCUAAGGGACAUGAUGGGCAGACAACUUGGGGACACGCUCCUGCCAGUCCUCAGCCAAAGACACGUGGAUCUUUCCAGCUUCAAUGCCAAGCACUGAAGUAUUAGAUGGAGAUGAAAAAGGCCUGGAGGCAAAGCUGCUUCUUUUCAUUCAGGACAUUUACUGUUUUAUAUGUGUUGUCCUUGUUCUUCCCUUCAGGCCAAUGAGAAGUGACUCAGAUAGGGAAGUAUCUCUUGUUCAUCAGAUGAAGGAACAUAGGGGAUAAUUAAAACAGGUGACACCUAAACUGAGCAAGGACAUGGAUGAUUGAGUGCACCCUUAGCGAGUUUGCUGAUGUCACCAAGCUGUGUGGUGUGAUUGACACGCUGGAGGGAUGGAUGCCAUCCAGAGGGACCUUGACAGGUUUGAGAUGUGGGCCUAUGUGAACCUCAUGAAGUUCAACAAGGCCAAGUGCAAGGUACUGCACAUGGGUCAGGGCAAUCUCAAGCAGAAAUACAGGCUGGGCAGAGAAUGCAUUGGGAGCAGCCCUGAGGAGAAGGACUUGGGGCUGUUGGUUGAUGAGAAGCUCAACAUGACCUGACAAUCUGCACUUACAGCCCAGAAAGCCAACUGUGUCCUGGGAUCCGUCAAAAGAAGUGUGACCAGCAGGUCAAGGGAGGAUUCUCCCCAUCUACUCUAGUCAUGUGAGACCCUACCUGGAGCUCUGUGUCCAGCUCUGGGACCCCUAACAUAAGAAAGACAUGGACCUGUUGGAGUAAGUCCAGAGGAGGCCACUAAGAUGAUCAGAGGGGUGGAACACCUCUCCUAUGAAGGCAGGCUGAGAAAGUUGGGGUUGUUCAGCCUGGAAGAUCUUAUAGCAGCCUUUCAGUACCUAAAGGGGACAUACAAGAAAGCUGGGGAAGGACUUUUUACAAGGGAAUGUAGUUCUAGGAGAAGGGAUAAUAGCUUUAAACUGAGAGUGGAUUCAGAUUAGAUAUAAGGAAAAAAUUAUUCACCACGAGGGUGGUGAAACACUGGAAGAGGUUGCCCAGAGAAGCUGUGGAUGCUCUGUCACUGGAAGUGGUCAAGGCCAGGUUGGAUGGGGCUUUGAGCAACCUGGUCUAGAGGAAGGUAUCCCUGACCAUUGCAGGAGAACUGGAACAAAUGAUCUUUAAGGUCCCUCCCGACUCAAACCUCUGUAUGAUUCAUAGGAUUCUAUGGGGUGCUUUAUGUUCCUCCAUCAUUAAUAAUACCUUGGAAAGCUGGAUGGAGUGAAUAAUCUUGAAACAAGUGAUUACUGCCCCAGUCUGUCAGGGUUGAUGGGAAGGAAAAAGAUAUAAGCUUGAAAACAAAAAGAAAAAAAACAAAACAAAACAGAAAAAUUUGGUAGGGAAGGAAGACAUAUUCCCAGUAGUCAUAAAUAUAUGAUCAACCCUUUUUAUGCACAUUAUGAACACAGAGGAAGGACACGUUUUAGUAGUCAGUAACUCUGGUAAGAUUCUCCCAUAGGAUCACUGUAUCCGUGUGCUGGCCACUGGCCAGGCAAGUGAUGAAUAUGAAGGUCCCACCGAGAAAGAGUUAAGUGCUACACAGAGGUUAGUCUAGAUAACAACCUGGAGGUAAGAGGUGCCUGCAUUGAAUUCAACAGGGAAGAAAAAAAACAGGUUAAAAAAAAAAAAGUCAGGUGAAUCAUUAAAUACAGGGAAUAGGACUCCUUAUAAAAAUAAAUUAUCUUGUCCCCUACCUUCCUGUCAUGGUGAAUAUAUAAAGCAUCACUAGUUCUCAGGCACAACACAUGCCUGGGGCAGAUGGAAUAGCUAUAGUGCAGUCUGGUGGGAAUAUGGGAAGAGCAGCAGAGUUAAAGAAACCCUUUGUACUUGUCGUCUGGUCUGAUCUGUCUGCCCCAGGUCCUGCACUAACCAGCAUCCCUCAUGUCCCAGUCCAAUACCAAGGUGGAAACCAGUGUAGAGAGAUCUGCCAAGCUUUCUGUACCCACCUACAGCUCCAAUCUCCAGCAGACUGACCUACUACCAGGUGUGAAAGUCACAACUUUUUGCUCAGAAGGAGUGUUUUGAGCCUACGACUUGUCAGAUUGAGGGCACUCGUUCUUUCCCCAAGGGUACCUUCCAACAACUUGGGUCUGAGAAUCACCCAACCUUUACAUGCUCAGUAGGGUUCAGGGAGGGCUGAUGUGUCUUGCAAAGAUGUGUAUAACGGAGACAUGCUGGAUAUUGGCCACAUGUAGCAGGGAACUGUAGUAAAAUCGAUCAGUAAGAAUCAGGCUGCUGUGACUAAUGAGCUAAUGAGUGAUGCUUGUGUGGAAACGGCUCUAAAAGAGCUGCAGGGUUGGAUUCCUGACACAUUAUUCAUAGGGAUAGGCGAGAUUCAGACUUGGCACUGUUUAUUUUUCACUUUGCUUUCCCAGGUUUCUCUUUAACUUUUAAGGACAUUCCUCAUCCGUGAAGGAAAUGUAGGAGGGCAAAGAUACCUGUUUAAUUCCUCCCUUUUCAGUGCAAAGUAGCUCUCAUCUCUGGAGAAUUGUGGGUUCUAGACAGUUAAUAGGGAACAUGAUGCGUCAGAGAUGAAGUUCGUGAUAAUUUAAUCUCUGGCACACUGCACAACAGCAGAUUUACUGGUUAGACUAACCCACCCUUGCUGCUGGCUUCCUUAAGUGAUUUCCAUCAUUGACACUGUUUUGAAGCUACUAGGAGAAAACUGUGAAUUAUUUAAACAAAUCUUCUCUUCAGCCUUUCCAAUACAUAGUUUAUACUGUAGUUAUGGUCAACCCUAUAACAUGAACCAACUUAAUAUCUAGAAUGGGGAAACCGAGUUUAAUUUUCCAAGGUCGACUAGCAAAUAAUUGACAGAACUUACAGUAAACCUCCAAGUAUGCAGUUUUCAGGCCAGUGCUCACUCUUAUUUCUUCUAGUAGCUCAUGAACCGCCUAUCAGGAUUGUACAAAAACAGCAGAACAUUGAUGAAAAAGAAGCAUUAACCAGUGGUAAAACCAUGUGGAAUAUUUCUGGAGUAACUACUACCUUGCUGCAUGAGCCUAAUUAAUCUCUCUGCAUCUCAGCUUCCUUAUACAUAUUGAGAUAAUAUUUACUCAUCUUACAGGAGUGGUUUUGGGUUUAACCUACUUGUAGGUGUGCAGCAGAAGCUUAGCGCUAGUGUUAUGACAUUGUCAUGUCAACACCUCUCCACAUUUAUCUUUGAAUCUAAUUGUAGCUUUUGCACAUACAUCUGUUUGCUCUGGAAAGCUGUGGGAUUCCUGGAAGAUAUAGAAAGAGCUGAUUAGAAUCAACAAAAUUGAGAGUUUAAAACGAUCAAGCCAAUAAGGCUCUCAGUUGUAACACGUGCCUGCACUUCUCUAAGCACAGGUGCAGCCCGUGCUCCCUGAAAAUGCCCUGGAAGUGGAUGGAGAUAUCUUAGGAAUUCCCAGUGUGACUUUCUCAGUCUGGUUAUUAUGCAGUGUGAGCAAGUCUGUUGGGAGGUUUUGGGAUUUGGAGACUAUUUGCAGUGUGGAUGCAACUGUUGCAUGACUGCUCAUCUCAGGUGAGGAUGCUUCCACCCAGAAACUGUCUCAUCUGGCCAGGUGGGCAGCAGAAGUGUUUGGCAUGGCUUUCUCAGGCUGGAAGUGAAAAUUCAGCUGAAAUUUGUUGAUGAUAACAAACCCCUCUGAAACACAGAGAAUUCUGGUACUAGUUUACCUUUGACCACAUACUCCAGAAAAUAUAUAUAUUUUUUUCAAAUCCAUCUUGUGGGUUGUUGAGGCAGAUUUAUACAGGUUGUGUCUUUUUUUUUUCCCUGUAGUUAAUGGAAAACUCCCAACAAAACAGGCCCUAAUUACCCACAAAAGAAGAAAAGGAGUUCAACAAAAGGCUGUUUGGAUGUUGCUAUUAAUUCUUGUGGUCUCUUUGGUGACUUGCCAACACUGCAAGGCAAUUGCUUAGGGUGUGCAUAAAAGAGGAAACAUUUCAGGCAAUGCUUAAAGACUCAGACAAGAUCAGCUGGAACUAUAAACAAGUGAAGCAUGUUGUCACCCCCCACAAACAACCCUCCAGACUCAAGGAGGGCACAAGAUUUAACCAGGGUGCUGAUGGAGGGUUCUUCCAUCCAAAAUCUUAUAAUGUAAUGAAGAUCACAUUUCAGACAUACAUGUGAAACCAAUCAUCUAGCACACAUUGUUUGAGGCCACUUAAUACCAGAAACUAGAAACCACACCCCUUUCCAAGUUCUGUUUUGUUUUUCCUAAGAACAAACUAACACGAUUGAUCAGUGUAUUUCCCCAUUCUUAGUAGGAUUAUGAAUUUCUGCUGAACAUGAGCAAUGCCAAACCAAGAAUAUAGGAAAAGCCUUUCCCUAGAUAAUUUUGUGCUGGAAAUAACUGCUAAAUUUUCAUAAUCAAUGUAAUGAUUGUGUUAUGGAGGCCACGUGAAAAUAAUGAGUCUGAAUUCCUGAGGGUGUAGAUCACCCAGAAUUGUUUGUAAAUGAGGCAGGGCUUGCUAAAAUGAUGACACUGUCACUGGAGAGAUAAGGACUGGAUUGUUUAUCUGGGAAUAACAGAAGACCUUUCAACAUUUCAAGUAUUCAGUGAUACUAACCCUGAAUAAAGUUCCUCCAACAGUGUGACAGAUAUCAAAGGUGAUGGGAAUAUCUCCAAGAACAUCUUUAUUUCAGUCUUCCCUCCUUUCUUUCCUUAUUAAAAUUGUGUGUUGGGUGGGCACCUGGCAUCACCACAUAAAGGCUCUUCCUUAUCAGUUUUCGAAAUUCCACUAUCAAACUUCCCCAUCAGACAUUGUGGGAGGAUUUCCAAGCACAGGGCUGGCCUAAGGCACAGGAAAAGCAGUCAGAUGCCUGGGGCAGCAGUGUUUGAGGAUGGGAAAGCCAAGAUGUUUGGCAAGCAAAGAAGUCAUGGGCUUGCCAAACACUUGGAAAGGUUUGGCUUAGAGCAGAUGGGCUUAUCCAGGCAUCAUUCUCCCUGAAUGACUCGGGGUAGCAAGCCUGAGAUGCUCCUUUGGCUCAGCGAUCUGCUCCUGUUGUCUUCCCAGUACUCCCUCCACCUCUGUCCAUAGAGGACAGGGAGAAUAAAAUAAUGUAAUAAUUUUUUAAUAUAUAUUAUUAAUAUAUAUUACUAUAUUAAUAAUAUAGAUUAUUGAUAUAUAUUAUUAUUUAUAUUUAUGUUAGGCUGGAUGGGGCUCUGAGCAACCUGAUCUGGGUGAAGAUGUCCCUUCUCAUUACAGGAGGUUGGACAAGGUGAUCUUUGAAGGUCCCUUACAACCCAAACUAUUCUAUGCUUCUAUGAUUUCUGUUGGAAAAGACCUUUAAGACCACUGAGUCCAACCGUUAACCUAACAUGAGGAGCUUAACACUGAAGAGAGAGGGAAACAGUGUGGUCCCACCCAUAGCCCCCUGAAAUCCUGCUCACAGCUUGGAGAGAGGUUUAAUAAUACCAAAAACCCAACCAUGCGGUUUCCAAUGAGUAUGGGAUUGCAAGUCUGCUUUCCAGUUCUUUCGCUCAUAAUCGCUGGGAGAGGCUGAGGUUGGAUCUUGGGAACAAUUUCUUCCCAGAAAGGGCUGUUGGGCAUUGGAACAGGCUGCCCAGGACAGUGGUAGAGUCACCAUCCCUGGAGGGGUUGAACAGACACGGAGAUGAGGUUUUCAGGGACACGAGUUAGUGCCAGGGGUGGGGUAACAGCUGGACUCAAUGAUCUUAAAGGUCUUUUCCAACCAAUAUGAUUCUCAGAUUCUAUGAUCAACUCUGGUUCUUGCUGACAUAAAAACACAGAGGAAAAAAGUACAUGAGGUUCAACACCUUGCUGUUCACAGCUACACAUGCUUUUUUUCCAGGACUCAUGGAAACAACCCAAGUCUCUCUAACCACUACCAAAAAAAAAAAAAGAAAAAAAGAAAUAACACCAAGCUGCAAGGCAAGGUGUAGGCACUGGGAUUAUUUGAUACCCCUGGUUUAUGCAUCAUGCCCAGAUACAAACAACCCGGCUUAAUCCGGCUAUUGUCCACCGUGCAAACCCUCAUUUUCUUCUCCAAGGAAUAUGAAAAGACAUGACAGUAUGGCAGGAGGUGGGGACUGCUUCUCAGGUCUUUCUAUUCAUUUGUAGCUCAAUCAGACUUGUUUUUCCAGUAGAAUUGGAUCUUGGGUCGGAAACGGUUCAUGGCAAGCCAACAGGAGGUGUGCCAUUAAAUCUGGUGGUGAAGAGCGGUGGGAGCCCAGUGACCAGGUGUCGAGGGUCCAUGCAAGAUGAAGGUGUUUCUGUCUCUUCUGUUGGUUGCCAUCGCUUGCGUGGAGUUCGUGCAAACCUUACAAUGUUACUCUUGCCCUGAACUCACUGCUGCUGAGCACUGUGUGACGAUCCGGAACUGCACGGAAGGUGAAACCAUGUGCAAGACAACCAUGUAUUCCCUGGACGAUGUUUAUCCCUUCACAGGAGUCUUGACUGUCACCAAGAUGUGCGCGUCCGAAUGCGUCCCAUCUGAUGUGGAUGGGAUUGGCCAGACGCGCCCCGUCUCCUGCUGCUACACUGACUUGUGCAACUCUAAUGGUGCAGCUGGUUUGAGGACCAGCUUUGUGCCAGUUGGGGUGCUGGCAAGUUCCCUUUGUGCCUUCUUCUGGACUAGACCUUGAGGAGCUGAUGGGGAGACCUGAAGAACCCAAUGAAGAAGAGAAUUAACACUAACUAGCCCACUUUUCUGUUUGGAUGCCUCAUGGACAACCCUCAAUAUCUCCCAGAAAUUGCUUUUUUUAUUACCUGCCCUUUCCCCAGGACCAAGAGAGAAGGAAGACUCGGGAAGUCCUGACAUAAAAUUUUAAAUUGACUGUUCAACAGCUCCCACAAAACUGGAUUUUCUUUGCUCUGUUGGUCUGUCUCAUUUUGAACUAAAAAAAUUCUACAGUAUGAGGUACAUUUAAAACAAAAAACCUUGCACUAAGAAGCUGUCAUACCUCCUUAGAACAUUUUUCCCCAGGUGUUAUCCAGCAGAAUAGCUGAAUUGGGCAGUGUCCUCAAAUAAAAUUCAGUUAUGGGCUCUUUGUGCUGUCUAGAUCUCCUUCUUUGUACACGAGAAAUUAAGGAAACAGUUCUGUGUCCAAAAUAUAAGGCAGGAGACUGAACUGCCCAUGCCAGUGAUGUGAUCCAAAGAGGCUAAAAUCUUUUGCUUUCUGUAUCCUUUUGAGCAGAAUAAAAAGAAUGUUGUGUUAAAGAUGUAGUGAUCACUAAAGUUAUAUAUAGUGAAGUUUGUUUUUUAAAUUUUGUUUUGUUUUUUUUUAUUUUAUUUUAUUUUAUUUUAUUUUAAUUAUUUCCAAACUCCAGUUCCACCUUUCAGUAUUGUUCAUACAGUGAUAUAAGCUAGCUUUGGUGAUACGUCUUGCAUUAGAUGUGAAAGACAUUUCCUAUUAUCCCCCACUGGCAGUGACCUUCCAUCCACGUUUCUUCCACCAGCUCCACUGGUAUGACACUGCCUUUACUGGCAAGAGUGAAUGGUUUAUAUAAUGGUUCUAGCCUGAACUGGGUAUUCCAUGCAGUGACUUUCUCCCUUGCUUUAGUCCUCCAGAGCAUCACCUGCAGUUGCUUGUGUGUUGGUCAGGGCUACUAAGUUUCGAUGUUAGCCAUCCUGAUCUGGUUGUGCAUUUUCCUAUAAUCCCCUUUUUGAGAUUCAGCAAAAAACGUCCUCCUCCAGUUAUCACUCUGCUUGUGAUAUUUGAAAUAAUCAAUAAAGAUGUGAUUUAAAGUCUACCAUGUAGCAUAUGCAUAAGAUCAGGUUUCUAAGAGAGUUGGUACAAUUUGCAUCCUUCCAUCCUUUGUCAGCUGAAUGAAGUCCUGAGAAACCUGGGCUGACCUCAUGAUUGAGACCUUUGUUCAGGAACUUGUGUUACACACUUUCUGAGUUCCCCAUUCCAAUCCACAUUUUCUAUGAUCUUAUGAUGCACUCACUGAGAUUGCCAGAGCACAAACCAUUAUUUCCAGGUGUUCUGCAAAGUCUGGCAGAUGUUUCUGCAAUGAUUUUCACCUGUCCUGCGUUGCUUCCCAUUGCCAAAAUUAGAUCAACUUUGGAACAAACAGCAAUUCUGGAUUCACACACAACUCCCAGGUUGCUCCAAUAUAAUUCCUUUGCUGGAACAACAUUAUGUAAGUGGUCAGGGUGCUGCAUGGGUGUGGAGGCGGCUGGAUGAACCACAUCCCUGGCUAUGGAAGGACUUUGGAAACCAGCUGCAGGCUUGCAUUUCCUGCCAGUAUGUGUUUUGCAGUGUUCUCUACCUGUGAACCAUGCCCAGAGCUCAGUCCUCAGAUGUGUGAGAUAAGUUUUUGGCUUUCUGAUGCACAAGGGUGGUACGUAGAGGUUGUCCCUUUUUACCUACCAGUUCUGUCAGUCAACGAUCUCAGGUUUUGUUGGCCCAGGGGCUGUAUCAGGACCACUGUGUAUGAUAACCAACAGUGAAACACCACCAAUAUAUCUUAUUCUUUUCAGACGUGUCGAAUUUUCUCACCAGUCGUAGGACAUGCACAUGUGCCAAGACAUGAA